CUGUUUUGUUGAGGAAAAUCUACGUAUAUCAAAUUCCCACAGUCUGUAGUGCCUGAUAACAUACACGGAUCGUAGACUGCUUGCUACUCUGGGGAGCUUCCUUGGAAGUACUCUGAGACGGACUCUUUGGACUGAUGUAACUUGACAGAUAUCUAGUUAAGACCCAAUGUUGUUUGAGGACAGAGCAGGGUGCGCCACAGGUUGUGAGAGAAACAUCAUCAAAGGAUACAAUUAUGGAUUUUCAACAACGAUAUCCAGCCAUGUACCUGGGCCAGUCCAGGCCAUUGCCUUUCCCUCAGGAGGCACCGAACAAUCUGCAGAAUUUCUUAAAGGGGGAGCCAGUUAUUCUUGGGGUGACGCAGAUCAUGAUUGGCCUAAUGAAUAUUUGUCUGUGGAUUAUGGUGAAGGUCUUUCUUUCAUUCCACAAACAAUAUAUAUUCCUAGAGAGCACUGUAUAUACCUUCAUUUUCCUUUUGGGACCAAUUUUUUUAAUCGUUUCUGGAACUAUGUCUAUUGCGUCGGGAAGGAAAACAACAAAAAAAAUGGUCUGUGGCAGCCUUGGAAUGAACACUGUGGCUGCCAUAUUAGCUGGAGUGUCGCUAAUAAUCCUUGCAAUCAGAAUGGACAACUCCAAUUACUUCUUCUCAGGAUCAGCUUUAGUUCGUUAUUUCAUAAUUGGGAUUAUGAUUAUGAAGCUGGUCCUCAUAAUCCUGGGACUCAUCAUCUCGGUGUUGCUGUCUGCAUUUGGAUGCAGCGCUGUCUGCUGCUAUGUGACCUCAGUGGUUGUCGACUUAUCCUCCAACGAUUGCAGACUUGCCGUAGCCUCUCUUCAUCAUGAAUAUGAUGAGGUGGCUUUCCAACCUGCUUAGUUGUCUGAGAUAUCAACUUUUGAACCAUUCCUGGACUUCCUCUAAUUGUAUUAUUCAGAGUAAAUCAGUAAUCAGAUUAGUAUAGUAGUCGUACUCUAUCAGGUAGUAUAGAGUCUUAAGUGUUUGUGGGGGGAUCAAGGGUCAUAGAUUUGCUGAUGUUGACUGUGCUGUGGUCCCCUCCUCUGUCCUCAAUUGUGAUUCCAUUUGGACAUGAUCAAUGAAGUGUAUGAUCUAUCUGCAUCAGCAUUAGCAUCAUCUCAUAUGCUUGGCAGUAUGAAGAAAAGGAACAUACGAGAAAGGUUGUAGAUAUCUGGGGAUUCUGGUCGGGCCUUAGAAGAUAUGUGACAGAAUGGCUGAUCUCCACAAUUUCUGAGAAUCCAUCUACUUUAGACUAUAAUGUUAAUGCUAUAGUAGGCCAAUAUGUACAAUUUUGUACAAUAUGUACAAUAGGCCAGCUAUGUAGAUCGUGGGGCCUCUGACACUUUCCCUCAAGAGUACAAAUUUCCAUGACAUAAAUAAAUUAAUGUAAACCCUGCUCUUAUCCUCUAACCUUGAAGUAGUCAUAAUUUCCUUUGUUUUCCAUUGUAGUCUUAUCUGUCCCAUCAAUAUUUGACAUCAUGAAGUUAGUUAUGGUUUUUUCAGUUCAGGGUCCUGUAAAACCAUUCCAAUGAGUAGAGUCUGACUGAUGUUUGAAAAUAGGAAAAUACACACAGUUUCUGCACACAAGUUCUGCUUUUUCAGAUAUUGAUCCCCUGCUGGUCUUGAUUCUCCUUUGCUUUGUGGAUCCUGACUCAGCCUGAAGUAACCCACCCACUGUGUGACAAGGGAAUAGUGAUCAUCACAUUUCAACUUGUUGGAAAGGCCUGGAACAUAUUCAGUUUGUAAUCUACAGUCAAAAGACACAUGUGACCUCUCUUGGUUUAUGGCUAAUCACAAUUUAAGGAAGUACUAGCGGAUGGCUUAAUGCAAUUCUGCCUGUACUGCCUACAAUAAUCUGAAACUGGCAACCCACUGUGUGCUUCUGACUUAGCUGUUGCCACAGUCUGAUAGCAUUUUGUCAACUACAAUAUAUUAACUGGCAUUUAACAGUGUCUUAAACACUAGACUAAGGUCUAUGGAAACAUGCCCAAAAAAUUUAGAAGAAAACAUUCA